AACUUGUAAAACGCAUGAGGAAGUUGAAAAACCGCUACGUCCGCAGCAAGAGUGAAAAAAAGGGGCGGUGUGAAAUGAAUGUGAUUGUGAAUGUGGAUGAAAGACAUAAGAAAACUACUGCUAACCUUUGAACCUCCUUCCUUUGUUAUCGCAAAAAAUCACGGGACAGUCACUGCUCAUAAAGACAAUCAUGGAGACAUGAGACAGAGAGACUGUUUGAGGAAUAUGUGACUAUGUGAGCAGAAAAGCAGCGAGUCAAGCAAAGGGAAGGAAAACAGUUUUCCCGGAUGCGCUUUCUGUCUGGUUUCAAUCGGUUUUCCCAAUGCUGGCAUUCCUUUGCUAUGAUAUUGUUCAGAUCGGAACAAACAAUUGCUUGUUAUAUUUCAUUAUGCGGAUUUAAUUUGGGGUUUCAUUGUUGAUUUAGAAACAGCUUGUGAUUCAUGGGAUAUUAAUCAGAAAAAUCAGAUUAAGAAAUCCACAUCUGAAACCUUAAAUUUGGGCUCUCUAAGAGAGAAACUGAACUUUCCUGUAAAAAUGACAUCUGUGCAUUUUAACCCUGGGUUAGAUUCCAAGGAAGUUAAUGGUAAUGGGGUGAAAGAAGAGGCAGAGGUGCAGAUCGAUGAUGGAAAGGAAGAGAGUGAGGAUCCAGACACUAUGUACCAUCGUGUCCGGAAAAUUAUAGCUCCUUUUGUGAUGUCCUUUGGUUUUCGUGUUUUUGGCCUAGUACUGAUCAUCGUAGACAUUAUUCUGGUCAUUGUGGACUUGUCCCUCUCCAACAAGAGUCGUGAUGUUGGAAGUGCACUGGAGGCUGUUUCUCUUGUCAUUUCCUUCUUUUUCCUUAUUGAUGUGCUGCUUCGCGUCUAUGUGGAGGGAUUCAAGGUGUAUUUCAGCUCAAAACUGAACAUAAUAGAUGCUUGUAUUGUGGCCAUUACCCUGGUGGUCACCAUGAUCUACGCAUUCUCUGAUCUCUCAGGAGCCAGCCUGAUUCCCAGGGUGGUCACGUUCCUGAGAUCUCUGAGGAUAUUGAUUCUGGUACGUAUCUUCAGACUGGCAUCUCAGAAGAAAGAGCUUGAAAAGGUCACGAGGAGAAUGGUGUCCGAGAACAAAAGACGGUACCAAAAAGAUGGGUUUGAUCUUGACCUCACAUAUGUCACAGAAAGAGUCAUUGCCAUGUCUUUUCCAUCUUCUGGGAAGCAGGCGCUCUAUAGGAACCCCAUCAGAGAGGUCGCUAGAUUCCUGGACACCAAACAUCUGGAUCACUACAAGGUGUUUAAUCUCUGUAGUGAGAAGGGUUACGAUUCACAGUUCUUUCACUAUCGAGUGGAGCGUGUUUUGAUAGAUGACCACAACGUGCCAUCACUCGAUGAUAUGCUGCGGUACACAGCCUGUGUUAGGGAGUGGAUGGCGGCAGACUCUAGGAAUGUUAUCGCCAUCCAUUGCAAAGGAGGAAAAGGGCGGACUGGGACGAUGGUGUGCACAUGGCUUAUCGACAGUGACCAGUUUGAGAGUGCACAGGAGAGUUUGGACUACUUUGGGGAGAGACGGACUGAUAAAAGCAUGAGUUCGAAGUUCCAGGGCGUUGAAACUCCCUCUCAGAGCAGGUACGUUGGUUAUUAUGAGAUCAUGAAGAAUCAAUACAACCGUCAGCUACCACCCCAGAAGAGCCUGAAAAUAAAGAGCAUUCGAAUCCACUCCAUCGCAGGUGUGGGGAAGGGUAAUGGCAGUGACCUGAAGGUGAAGAUCACAGUGAAGCGAGAGCUCGUCUUCCAGUGUGUUUGUGCCAAACAGCAGAACUGUACAGUGUUUCCUGACACUGGUAAUAAUGCAGUGGUCAUCAGUUUACAGGAAGGGCCUGUCGUGACUGGAGAUGUGAAGGUCAUGUUUGAGUCCAGUGCUGGUCUGCCAAAAGGUUACGAGGACUGUCCGUUCUAUUUUUGGUUUAACACCUCUUUUGUUGAGAACAACAGACUGUAUCUCUCGAGGGAGGAGCUGGACAAUCCACACAAAUCUAAGACCUGGGACAUCUAUAAGGAAGACUUCGGAGUGACAGUGUUAUUCACAGACCCUUGAAGAGAACAUUCUCUGACAUUGGAUGUGUUCACCAUUUUUGUAGUUUCUUGUGAAAGGUGUACUUAAUAAAACCUACAAACUAAAGCCAAUGUAAACACUCCACAUCAACCUACAGCUUUUUGAGAUUUGAAUGUGAAUGCAAUUUUUGUAAAAAAAUAAAAAUAAAUAAAAAAUU